UUUAAGCUAUUUUUUGUUAGGUUUUCGCAUGAGUCCAGUAACUACAAGAAGAAAAACUAAAAAUCUAAAGAUCGUGGAAGAGAUACUUCGAGAAGGAGGUGCAUCUAGUUCACCCAUAUUGAAGACGAAGGAAGGAGCAUCUAGCUCAGGAGAAUAAGAGCCCUCAUGCCCCACCAAUUUCAAGCAACCCUUGGAAGAGGAUGACAUCAUAUACAAAGACAACUUCAAUUCGGAGCAAGAAGGAACAUCUUCAACUUGUUCAACCCCAACAAUGGUUGGAAAAGAAUGACAAAGACAAGUGGUCAUUCCAUCAACUUUUUACGUGUACUCAAGGCCAAGAGCAUCCAACAUCACAUUAAACCAUUAUUGCGCCACCAACAACCAUAUAGAUCAUAACUCAACUCAUCCAGAUGGUGCAACAAGCUGGUAAGUUUGGAGGCAAGAAUGAUGAUGAUCCGGUGCAACAUUUGAAGUACUUCUUAGAGACCGUCAUUUCCAUACCAGGAGAUUAUGCUACGAAAGAUGGAAUUCGUCUACAACUUUUCCCAUUCUCACUUGGAGGAGGAGCAAAGUAGUGACUCGACUACCAUCCACCAGAAACCUUUACCACAUGGGAGACAUUUCAUAAUAAUUCAUUGAGGAGUACUUUCCACCAUGGAGGAUAGAAGAGCUUAAAGACAAGAUAACUCGAUUUCAACAUAAGGUUUAAAAGGCUUUCUAUGAUGCUUGGAGGAGAUUGCAGGAGUAUAUCAAAGUAUGCCUCCAUCAUGGAUUCACAACAGUGCAGAUUGUAAAGUACUUCAUCAAAGUCCUUGAUCGAGACACCAAGAUGAUGGUAAACCAGUGGUUCGAUGUAGAUUUCACAACAAUGAAGGGAGUAUAGUGCAAGGAGCAUUAUGCCACACUAGUGAGGAAUUCAAAGAACAUUUGCAAGCAUUUAUCAACAGUUAAACUAUUGAAAGCUGUACAAGGAAGGGAGGAUGAUGUCACCACCCUCAAUGGAUACCAAGAAUGGACCAGUGUCAUCCUUGUUUGUUUCUGAAGCAUGUGGAGAAGAAGGUCAUGAAGGAUUCAAAUGUUGUAGCCAUAAAGGCAAAGGACAUGCUGAUGUCAACUAUAUGGAUCAAGGCUAUCAAUCGAGACCUCAACAAGGUAGUUACGCUCCUUAUCAAAGAUUCAACCAACCUCGCAUACCAUACGGUCAAUGCCCUGCUCCAUGAGGGAAUAAGCCCAAGGAUUAUCCCAAUAGCACCUCUACCAAUGCACCCUAUGUUCAUGAAGCACAAUGGCAAAAGAAACCAAGUCCACCUGAAUUUGAAAAUCCACCUCAAUACAAGGAGCAUGGAGAAAGUUGUCUCCAAUUUGCAACCCACUAGAUUCGAGAAGCUAGAGGCAACAAUAAUAGGACUUCAAACGAGCUACAAAAUAUUGAAAGACAACUUGCACUCCUAAUCAAUGGCCAACCUCAAAAUCCUUAAAGCAACCUCUCGAGCAACAACAAAAAUCCGAAGGAGGAGGAAGUUUAAGUCAUCUCAACUAGGAUGAGAGUAGCUAAAAGUUUCCCAUGCAUGAAAAAAAAAAGAUAAGAAGGAAGCUGAGUACCCAUCCCUCUUCAAAAAUAUGAUAAAAGCUUCUGGAUGAGUAGAAAUGGCAGUGCCAAUAUUAGAGAAGAUAAAUUCCACAAAAAUCUUAAGGAGGAGUUGGAGAUUUUCAUGGAAGAAGAUGACAGGGUCGAAGAGAAAGAGACCACAAUUAAGAAACCCCCUUGAGGCUUUGCACAAUUUUUCAUAGUCAAUAAAGUAAAGGAAGAUCAUGAGCAUAUCAUCAUGACAUGUAUCAUGAUUACCAUAACGUGGGGAAAAGGUCUAGUUGACCAAGCUCAAGCGUCAACAUUCUACCAUUGCACAAAUAUGAAGAGAUGAGACUAACCAGCAUACAGUACACCAAGGUAGAGAUCAUGCUAGGUAACAACACCCCAUACAAAGCUCUUGGGGUUGUUCGUGGCCUAAGCACCCAAGUUGGUUUGUUCAUCUUCUUCCCCGACUACCUCGUGAUUAAAAUGUACAUAAGUAAGGAGUAUGCAACCUAUAUGGAAGACCAUUCCUUGCCACUACUAGAGCAAGAAUUGAUGUUGUCAAUGAAGAAGUAACUUUACAUGUGGGGAAGCUUCUAUUCAAAGUAGAAAAGUCGAUCAAGAGGGCUGAUGAACAUGAGGAGUAUCCUUGGAUGGAUUCGGACAAUGAGAUCAAAUCUCGAUUUGGCUCCCAUUUUAAGAAUCUAUAAAACAUAAUAGUUCAUCACCAUGAUCUAGACCCAAAGUAUGAAGGAGAGUUGAAUGAGGUUCCACCAAUUCCCAAUCUCAAAGAAGCUCCAAUGGCAGUAUGGCACUAAGGAUAGCCUGUACAAAGGAAAAGAUGAUGCUUGAAAUGAUUGAGGAACUGGAGUUUGAGGCAACAAAGGAGUAUUAGGAGUUCAUCAAUCAACAUCAACCCAAUGGAUUCCAUUACGAUCAUAUCCUUGCAACGAGAUGGGGAGAUGAAGAGGAAGUGAUACCUGAUCGAAAUAUCAACUAAAAGGGAACCUAGCUGAGCCUAGCUCAUAGACAUAAAAGAGAGCGCUCCAUGGGAUGCAACCCAUGUCUGUGUCAAAAUUAAUGAGGUUAAAUAAAAGUGCUACCAUGGAGGUAGCCAUGAUUUAUCUUUCUUAGUUUAAUUUUUCAUUUCAAAUUUUGUUUUUGCUUGAAGUUUUGAGUAACUCAUUGGAAGAAAACAUUGUAUCAAUUGGAUAGGUGUUACAUUUGGAGAAAAAUUUCAAUCUUAUGACCAUAAUGGAGAAUUUUAAGACUAGAAAAUAGUACAAAAACUAUCGAGAUAAGUGUUCUAACGCAAAAACGUUGAAAUCCAAAGUAGAACGCGAGAGGAAGCCAUGUCGGCCACCGACGCCGCUUACUAGGCACUCCACCUUUCACUGUAGAAAUAAAAUUGUAUGCCAAUAUGAAUGAAAUACACAACCCCUUAAAAGUUAUCGAUUUAAGUAAUACCAAUUUUUGGGCAUUGUGGGAUGUAAAUACACUUUCACACACGUAACCGUACUCCCGAAUUCAAAACUUUAAAUCGCAGACCAGCUCUCGGUUUUUUUUAAUUCAAAAUUUAAACCAGGUGAAAAGCGUUCAAUCCACUUCUAUUAACAUCGAUGACAACUCCAAGCAUGCGCGAUCGGCCCCCUAUUUCGAGGGACGAUUGCCACAGUAGAUUUAAUUAAAUAUCAUGUGUUUCUUGUAGUAUUAUUACUCUCUUGAUGUUUCUUUGACAAUUUAUUUAAUUUGUUUUUCUAUUAAUUAACAUAUGAGGAUUUC